AUGGUCAGCACUAACGAGUUGUGUUCGACGGUCGGUCGCUUCAAAAUCGAGCGAGGAUCGUCCGUUCGGUUCGGCAGGGCGAUGUCCAAAGGAAUGCGGUUAGCCUUGAUAAAAAGUGGCGAGGCGGAGGCGGAGGCGGCGACGAUCGUCUUCCAAGUGCUUUAUUUCGGCCGGUGGUUUCGUUUCAUUGCCACAUGCAUGCAUUUCGACCGGAAAAUCCACCUGUAUCAAAGGCGGUGCCAAAGCCAUUCGUUCUCUGACCUCGAGUUUCCACCCGUUCACUUUCGCAGCAAACAACAUAUUUUCUUAUGA